UCAAAACAAAACAAGAGAAUUUGUUGGUUAUUUUUGGGCUUGCUGCAAUUUGAGUGAAAAUUUUAUUGUGGAACCGGAAAGAGAGAUUAGCAAUGAGAAAAUACCAGCAAUUAGCACUGGUAAUCAUUUCUCUGAUAAGUGUCACGGUGCUUCUUAUGUAUAGAAAUGAGAAUAGCAAAUUGAAGUAUAUUUUGGAAGUGGUUAACUUCUUUGGACGAACUGAUGCAGCUGCCUUGGUAAGAAUAGAGAAUAGCACAGCAUUUUCCCAUAUUUCGCCGGAUUUUUCCACACCUCUGCCCAUGUGGACACGCCUGGGAAAUGAAUUUCACUCCUACUCAUCAUUCUGGAGCAAAAACACCUUCACGGCAGGCGGAGAAGUGAUAACCCUUGUCGUUGGGCUUCGUCAUGCAAUUGUAAACUUCCGGUGUCAGCUACAUUUUCCCGGACAACCAUCCCCCGUGUCGGGAAAGUUUGAAUUCACCCGGGAGGACAAUGAAGUGGCCACAGGAGACACAGAGGAAUUUCUCAUGUAUCGCUUUCUGUGCAAAAUAACUCGGGAUUUUGGUACUCCGGAGAAUGUAAUAUUUGUCAAUACUGCAUCAAAUACCGAGCAUAUCUUGCCCAUUAGGACUUCCCGGAAUACAACUCUGAGUCACAGAUCUUCCCUUGUAGCCUGUGUUGACUUGGUGUCUUCCAUUUUGCCUAAAUCCUCAGGGAAAUCCGCCUUUAUCUCAGACACAGACAUCCUGCAGUACUUCAUUCAUCAUCAGAUAGUCGGAAUUGAUGAGUUCAUUGUCUAUGAUCCCUAUCACAUAACAGGGCAUAUUAGGGAAUUACUCUAUCGACAUGGCAUUAAAAUUUCCCUUCUGCCUUACAACUUCCCCUUUACUCUGGCCACGGACACUCAGAAUCGUGCUCUACUGGAAAUGGACUGCCUCCUGCGCACAAAUCACGAAGCAAAAUACGCCCUCCUGACCAAAAUCAAUGAAUACUUCUACCCAGCGACUAGUCUCAAACGUUCUAAAACCCUCUUCAAAACUCUCUCGUCUUCUUCUUCGGACAUCUACCGCUUCGAAGUCACCACAAAGACAGUCUGCACCGAGGAUGGUGUUCGGAUUCUUGCUGAGAACCACAACUACAAUCCCAACGCCAAUAUCCUUCAUCCAUUCAUCAUCUACCACGUGGAUUUUCGGGCUGUGGAUAGCAAAAAAAUGCUAGAUCUGGAUCCGCAUGUUGCAAUUGUGCAUCGAUAUGCAAAAUGUUCCAAUAAGUCUUCUUCUGGGCUCAUUGACUGGCGGACAACGCUGAAAACCGACCACUACAGCUACGUGAUGAAGAUAACGGAAGAACUGAAGAAGGUCCUGUGAAUACUUCAGCAGUCUACCUUCUCCCCACUCGGAUUGUGAAUUAUGUUAAUUCUCGCAAUGAUUUUUAGAUAGUUUUUAAAGUCGAUAAGUAUUUAGGAGAGAUUAAUAAUAAUAGCUAGGCUUCAUUGUAGAGUGGAAGCUUUAAAAAAAAAUUCUUCUACAUUUUUCCUGCUCAUCUGAAUAAUUUAUGAUUCAUUGACUUAUCUUUGAUAAGGGAAAGUGCUCUCCCUUCGAACGUUCAUGCCUUCGAAUAAUGUGAAUUUCAUUUGUUUUUCGGAAGAGAUUUAUGCCCAACGCUCAAUAACUUUUGUUUAGUAAACAUGUUUUUUAACAUUUCAAUGAGAGAGAGUGAGAUCUAGAUCUAGUCAUCUCGCUCUCUCUCAUAUGAAAUUUUGAAAACAUGUUUAUGAACAAAAUUUAUUGUGCGCUAUAACUUAUAAAUACAGUGCCCGCUUUGUAAUUCGGAUGAUUGGGAGACAAAAUGACAGAUGUCCGCUUCGUAAUCCGGAUGGAUUUUUUGAAUUUGUUCAACGUCUCGAAAAUAUAAUACAAGGUUUUUAUUGUAGAAUUAGAAUAAAAGUUUUAAAGAAGAUUAAAAAGACAU